GCCACGAAAGCCAAGAUGGCGGCCGAUGGAGGUGUACAGACGGUGGAAGUUGAAGACGAUUUUUUGGAGGAACGUCUCAGUAAACCAAUAUUUUACUCUCCUGAAGUCGAAGAAGCGAUUUCUCAGGUAACGAGUGUUUAAUUAAUUUUUGUAAAAUUAUAUUUUUUUGUGGAGAGUAGUCGACUCCAGUUAAUAACACCUUACGGAAAAUGAGCUUUACUUGGGAGAGCUUUGCCUGUUAUCUGUUAUUUUCAACAGGUUUUUAAAAGUGACGAUCCUUUGGACAGCAAAGAUUUUAAUCCUGUGGACUAUAUCAAUUCUAUAUUCCCAACUGAGCAGGUUUGUUUUGACUGAGUCAGUAUUGAUUAUGUUAGAGGUGAACAAUAUAAAGAUUACGUAAAGCAAAUUAUUUGGACCAGAGAGUCAGCUGCUGCGUUAGAAAGUUUUCUUUGGUGCCCCGCAAGUAAGUAUUAUAACGCCAGCUACCGUUUUGUUAUUCGGUUGAGUUCCUUUUUAGCUUGCAAUGUGUAGACUUUUGGGAUUUAUUUCUGUAUUUCUGUGACUUAUGGCCCAGUCAAUUCCAAGAGUGCCCCUCCCCCCCGGGGGGGAAUGUCUAUCCCGGCGGUGGGGAAUUUGUCAGAAAACCUCUGCCCAAAAGCGGGGCAGGGGGGGGGGGUAUUUGUCAAUUCUUGUAGAAGCGGUUAACAUUGUUCCUUUUUCAAUAUUUCACUUAAAAAUAUGUCUUUGUAGAUAGCUAUAGAUAUUUGUAUAAAGAAUAUGUUUUAGAUAUGCUUUUAAAAGAUACGUGUGGUUUUUGCUCCAUCACCACCCUUCCCCACGGCACUUUUGGCAUCGAGUUUAGGAAUUGCUUCCUGCCAUCAUCAGGGUUGUCAAAAGUAGCGAGCUGCUGGCGAAAAUCGCAACCUACUUGGUUAGUUACUGCUGGCUACUCUGCUUGUCAUUUCUUUAUGGAUGGCGUUUUUUAAAAAUAAAAUAUCCCUAAACUGGCUGCUUACUUUGACAACUCAGCUGUCUACUUCAAAACUUUGUGACAACCUUGUAUCGUGAUCAUUUGGCAGAAAACAAUCAAUUCAUUGUUGGAAGAGUUUAAAGAAAAAUACACUUUCUUUUUGAGCGAAUGUUUGAGGCAGAAAGGCCUAGAAAAACUCUGCUAGAUAUUUGAAAGCUAAUAUAAACUUUGAUUUUUGAGUGAUCAAUGCAACGGUUAAUAUGCUGUCUGAAUGGUUACAUCAGGAUAAGAAAAUACUCAUGUUAAGCUCAUUGGUUGUUUUAAAUACUUUCGAAAAUAAGAAAGGUAUUGUUAAAAAAAUUCUAGUUAUAAUUCUGGCGUUAAUAUUAAUCAGAUGGAUUUGUUCUUUUAUGCAGUAAUUAUAACAAAUGACUAGGAGCCAUUUGUGAUGGGUGCUUCUCAUGUUUUGAUCAGAUUAUUACAGGUUUCCUAUAAAUAUGGCAUUUGCAGCUUAUUUACUGAAAAUACAAUUUUGUUGUUGUCCUGGGGUGGGGCACUUGCGUGCGUACCUUUUUAAGCCCCACUGUGGGGUUUUUGUAUGAACCGCCCAGCACUCCCUGAGACAUUUGCAGCUUCCCCCCGCCAAAAAAAAUGACAAAUGCCUUACAAAUGCCCAGGGGGUGUGGGAGGGGAUGGGUAUGCUUGGAAUUGACUGAGCCAUUACAUUCUAAGUUGUCUUUGUGUGUUUACUUAGUUACUUGUUUACUUUCCUAGGUUAUGACUGAGGAAGAUCUUGUUUAAGUCAUCAAAAUAUUAAAAAUAACGGAUUUGAUGUCAGUAGUGCUACAUGUAUCAACAGUUGAUUUAUUUACAACCGUACUUUUAGUCCCUAGCUAAUAUUGAUGAAGUUGUUAACAAGAUGAGGCUUAGGAUAAGGUGAGUGUUUGUCUUGUAACCAGUUUCCGUUCGCAGAACAUGCAAAGCAUGCCUUACUACAUGUAUUAAUGAGUUUUAGCUCAAAGGCUAGUGGGGCUGAGCAAAUGCUUGAAAUAGAAUUAUCUAAACCAAACAGAAUGGGGUGAAGGAUCCCAAAUGGUUAUAGGCAAACCAUUUGGCUAUUUACAAGUGUGGUUGAGUAUUUCACCUUGGGACUACCAUGAACAAAUUCAGCUAGUCACUAGCUUUCAGUGCGGUGCAGACUGGGACUCAGGGCCUCUGGAUUGCAAGAAAAAAAAUUCCCAGAGGAAAAUGUCAAACAUUGUGUCUUUUAACGUUAAUUGUUUGUCGCAUGAUUGUCACAUAGAUAUUGAUCACGUCAUUUUGACCGCGUACUUCUUCAUUAGGAGAUAGUGUUAAUUUACCAGGUAGAACUAUUAAUUUUAUACCACAAUGGUUGUUAGUGACUGGUGUAUCACGAUCCUUGCUCAUGGUUGGUGGGUUCCACUGAACAAACAGUUUCUUCCUCUAACAAUGCCAACAGUGCUUUGGAUCAAAACCCACCAACCAGUGACGAUUGUGAUACACCAGUCACUAACAACCAUGGUGGUAUAAAUAGUUCUACUCAGUAAAUCUACUCUAUCGCUUGAUGAAGACAUGCAGUACGUAGUCGGAACGUUGUGAUCAACAUCUAUGUAACAAUCGUGACUCAGACAAACGAGUGAUUAACAAAACCCUUUAUACACAUUAUCCAUGAUGAACAAUAUCUUUAAUGACAGUGUGUCUUUUGUCUAUCAGAGUUAAUUUGUUUAGUUUGGUAUUUUUUAUAAGGGGUCUUGAUGAAGAAAUCAGAACUGUUGUCAGGGGACAGACUAACAUUGGUCAUGAAGGAAGGCAGGUUUGUGUCACUGGAUUAAAUUUUGUUUCAGAACUUAAGUUUGGCACCACUCUAGUUUUUUGUUUUGAAAAAUUGUACACCUGCCAACUUUUCUUAUAAGUUUUUCAAAUGCAUGACAUUUGGUCUUUGCACAACUGGUGUUACAGUGAAUCUUUGCGGAUUCUGGCUCCCAGCCUUUCCCUCCCCUUUUUGGGUUUGUGUGUCGGUAAGUAUGGGGUCAGGUGAGUAUUUUCCACUGAGUUUCCUUCAGUGUGACGGUCCCAGUUGGCGGCUGCAUGCAGGGGUGGUUCCCACUCGUGGGGUUGCUAUGGAUACCUCCUUGCUAUGCCUGAGUUGCUCAGGCUCCCGUCCAACCUUCAAGGCACCAGUUCCCAAGCUCAUCUUGGAGAUGAGUUUGAUAAUUAUUAGCCAAAUUUCUGAAAGUUCUGACAACGUAUGAUCAUUAUUGAAAUCAAGUUUCCUUAAGGCUGAUUUUCGAUCAGUGGUUUCCAGUUGCUGUGGUGUGAAGCUUGAAGUCUGAAACAAAGCAUUUAUCUUGUUAUUUGGGGCUCAAUAUUGCAACUUUUAGUGUUGUUUCACUAGUCAGACUAUUUUGGGUGCAAAAAUGGACCCAUUCACUCCUGGCAAUUUAGCCAAAAAAAUGCAUUUUGAAGUUAGUUAAGCUGCUUUCUGGUCACUGUCUGGCUAUAAAGAGCAGCCUUCCAAUCAACAGCAUUAUAAACUGUGGGCAAUAUUAACUCAAUGAACAAAACAGCUGUGACACAACCCUUUUAAUAAUUAUUAUUCACUUAGUAAGUUAUAGCUAAAGCAUUCAUUUUGUGCUGUAACGUUUUUUGGUUGGUUUUGUUGUCAGGCACUAGAGGAAGCCCAACAAGCAAUUCAGCAAUUGUUUGCAAAAAUAAUUGACAUCAAAGCAAAGGCUGACAAAUCUGAACAAAUGGUAAGUAAUUCAUAAAGUCGCUUUUCAAUAACACUCAUUUUAUUGCGUCCUUUUCUAUCUGUAGCACUGGAUCCAUUCAAUUUCCCCAGUCCCGUCUCAUGACUGAUAGAGGGCAGUUACUUCCCUUGCUAUCUUUAAUUAUUAUAGUGCUAAAAUUGGAUAAUCACUAAUUGUAGAAUCAGGGGUUUCAAUAACAUUUAUUUCAGGUGGGUAGUUGAGGUGAAACAAUCCAGUAGAUUAAAAUAAUUGGAAGGGCUGCGCCCAUCCCAAGAAGUGGGAUCCUUAUCCUUGGACCAGGCUCGGCAGUGGGGGGAAAAGGGUGAGUGAACCAAGCUGAGCAGUAGUCUGGGGAAGGGGAUGGGUGGUAGAGCCAGGAGACAUGCCUUUGAUGCCACUGAUCUGCCCUCCAGCAAUUAACCUGUUAAAUAAAUGUCAACACAUCAAGUUCUUAUUGCAUCAGGGAUGUUUCUUUGGUUUUAUUGCUGCCCUGAUUGCUGCAAAAUGCAGCGUGAGUUAAUAUGACACUUUUGUCAAAAAUGUUUGAAUUCGCCUGGAUGAAGUAACAUACGCAAAAUAUAGAUGUUUCAGAGGAAAAUAUGCUGUGUGCCACUGGUGAAGAACAACCAAAUCAAUCCACAAGGAGAUUCCUCAACUUUGUGGCACAGCAAGAGUCUGAUUGAAAGAGCAUGGUAUUUCAUCUGUCAACAGCACUGCAAAUUUGUCAACAUUGAGACAUCUGACCAAUCAUAGCAUGAUAUCAGAACCUGGUGUCAAUAGAUGGAAUGGUGGCAGUGUCAAGGCAUUUCUCCAGGUUCCGCCGCCCUUUCCCCCUUCCCAGUUCAAUGUGUGACCCACUUCACUCGCCGAGUUUUUUUGGCUCUUUCAACUGGUUUUUUACCUUUUUCCCUCACCGAAGAGCCUGGUCCCAGGCUAGGGGAUCCUAAACCAUCCUUCCCUAUGGCUAGAAAGGUUUGAAAUUCAACAUUCAGAGAGGCAUUUUCUGGCAUCCCUGAAACACAAUUAUUGGAGGAUUUCUUGCAUUAUUUAACAGUGUAAUAGUUUCAGUGAAUUUACUUGCAAAUCAAUUUCAGAUCAGGAGUACAUUUCAUCUUCUUUAUUAUUAAAAUUAUUUUUUGAGAUCGUGGGAAUUCUUUUGGCUUCAUCUUCAGGCAGGUACUUGCUUUGCCACAGGCAGGUAGGUCUACCCACUGCCUGGCUAUUAUUGGAACUACUGGUGGAAUGGUUGUGUGAGACAUCCAGGAGCUUAUUGCUGUUGGCACUAAGGCAUCGGAUAUCGGAUAAUUCUCUGUUUACUAUGCAGAAUUCUCUGGCUUACUGUCGGUAGCCUAUGACUAUUUUUUAUUCAGAUGCGGAGCAUCUUUCAAAAUGUUCUCCCAUAUUGUUAUGCCUUUCUCCCGCUACUAGAAUUCUUAAUGAAGACUGUGAUUAUAAUGCAUGUUUCACAUCAGGGCAAGUGCACAUUUGCAUGAUGAGAGUGGAUGCAUAAGGUUCAAUUGCGAGCACUAAGUUGUGCAUGGUUGACUUGUGCACUGCCUCAUUAUGUAUUUACAAUCCACUGGCAUGCCACCAACACCCUACCACUGUUGAUACUUUCAUGGUAAUGAAACUGAUAACUGGGUUAUUGAAAACCUGUAUUGUGUAGGCCCAGGAAAUAACCAUACAUCUCCCAUAGAAUCGCUUUUUUCUAAAAACCCUAUAUAACCAAAGAAAUUCCAAUUAAGCUUCAUGCAUUUCUUUUAAUUUUUUUGGUCUUUGAGCCCAUUGCUCCCUAAGGAAUUGCCAAUCGCUUCUGUGGUAGAGCUUUUCUUGAACUUAACACAUUUGGCUUAUUUGUAUUAUUCUUCAGGUCAAAGAAAUAACAAGGGAUAUAAAGCAGUUGGACAAUGCCAAGAGGCAUUUAACAAGCUCCAUCACAACUCUAAAUCACCUUCAUAUGCUUGUGGGUGGGGUGGAUACGCUUAUGUAAGUCAUGUGCAACACACUGAAAUUCUUCAUAGGGAAAAACAUGCUAUAAUCAGGCACCUUGUUAGCUUCCUAUUAUCUUGAUGUAUUUGUCAGUCAUUCUUUUGACUGGUAACAGGAGCAUACCUAGGGAAGGGUUAAAAGGGGUUCUGAACCCCACCCACCUUUUCUCUUUGUAUGUUAAAGAUAGGCGCAGAUCUACUGACCAAUUUCCUAAACAAUGCCAAAGGCGCAACUUCUAGUAGGGUCCUGGGGGCUCCCCUAGGAAAUUAUUUGGAUUUUUACUGCUCAAAGUCCCCUUUCCAGGGUUUCUGAGUAAUUCAGACAGGAUUUCAACUUGGAAAGUGUUUCUUAUUAUUAAAAAUAUAUUUAUUAUGAAAAACUUGACCGAUUUCCGUAAAGCGGUGGAAACCGGUGUGGAUCCGUGCCUGAAAGACUUACAGGCAACUAUAUGUCUAGCAAGUGAGAAUCUUCCCUUGCCCUAAUUAACAUUCCCCGUGAUCACAAUAUCGACAUGGAUAUUGUUGUUGACCAAUUUGCUGGUAAACCUGCAGACACCAUAAUUAUGCUCACUGACCUGCUGACAGAGUUAGAUAUGAGAUCCUAAUGGGUAAGAACAUAGCUCUUUAAAAUUACAUUUGAUUUGUUUUUAAUCCUUUCAUUCCUUGUGGUAGCCUGUGUCACAGCUAAAUCUAACCCCAGCUAACAAAAGGUUUAGUUUUGUUUUUGGGGCAGACUAUCGUUAAUUUUGGCUAGCCUGCAUCGCGGACAAAGUCUAACUCCGGUUAGUAACUUCUGUGAAGCAGCAAUGAUAUCCAUGUUCUGGGCUCCCAACAGACUCAAUGAAUAACUGGAAAUGUGUUUUGAAAUUUCCUUUAACCUGAUUGGCAAAUUGAUAAUAACACUGAUGGGCCAAUCGUGAUGCAUAAUUAAAAUCCUGGUACACAGGUUGGGGCCCAGAACGAGGAUUUCAGUGCUUUUUUGCAGACAGACUUAACCAGAGGUUUAGUUCUGUCUGUGGUGCAAGCUAAAUAAUGGUCAGAGUAAAAAGCUCCAAAGAAAUUUUCAAUUUUUUGUGUAAAAUUGUAAAGGUCAUCUUUUGGCAGGAGAAUAUUUCAUUGAGCUUACUCUAAACCAACUCUUUUUCUUAUCAUAGGAAUUUAACAAGAAAGAGACAUUAUGGUGAGGUUGCUAACCUCUUACAAGGAGUUGUUAAUGUUCUGGAACACUUCAAGAAGUACUUUGGAAUAACUCAGAUUCGGCAGCUAGCUGAUAAGUAGGUGUUUCUAAUCUGACAAAGGAUGCAGUUUUUUCAGUUUGUUACAUGAUGCAGGGCUUGAAAAAAAGUAAUAACAACAACUUGAAUUCCAUCUUUUCCUUCUUAGUAGCUUUAACUUUUUUCUUGACCCUUCAGGCAAAUCAAAGUUACUUACCUAGUAAAAAAGUCCUCCUGUUUUGGGCGACAGCGUCACACUCUUUUCAAGCUUCUAAAUGAUGUCUGGAAUCUUUGUCAAACAUAAACGUUUGCAACAACUUCCCAAUAUCCCUAGCCUGUUCCAGGCUCUCAGAUAAUGUGGAAGACGCGAAAGUGAAAGGCACGCGAAAAUAUUUUCGUGUUCACACUUUCUCAAUUUCGCGGACCCGACUUUCUCAAGGCCUAGAACAAGCUACAAUAUCCCUUACAUUGUAAACAGACACUGAAACCCCUUUUUUUAAUGGAGAGUAUUAAAGUGUAUAAAGUGGUAUGUGUGGGAUCCAGUAAAGGGUUGUUAGUGAAAUACAGGGAUGUAAGAAUUUUUUUUUGAGGUCAGGAAAGUCAAGAAAUUUCAAAAGUCUGGGAAAGUUCUUGACAAAGUCAGUGGAAAAUCAGGGAUCGAAUCAUAUAUUCAGGCUGAAACAAGGAUAGUGAAGAAUACAAAAAGACAUUUUUAUUGGGAAAAACAAUUCCGUACUUUACCAAUUUGUUUCCUCUAAACUCUGUAAAAAUGUGCAUGUUGUGAAAAAUUUAAAUGUAAUAAUUUUUUAUGACUUCAUGCUGGGCUCGAAAAGAAGUUGAAGAAAAUGUGAAAUUCAUAACUGAACUUUUUUGACUAAGAGAGGUCAGGAUUUUUUUUGUUCCUUCCGGUGAGUAACAACUCUUUGGAGGCCAGGAGGGAAAUCUGAUAUCCAUUUGUAACAUGUCGUGCAUUUAAUGACUGACAGGGUUAAACAGAUUCAGAGUGAGUUGGGUACUCAAAUAUUAGCAGAUUUUGAAGAAGCCUUAUCUGUCAAAGGAGUGAAGGUACUUAUAGCUGCACUUAGGGUCUACUAGUUAUUAGUAAAAUCCAACUAGUGGUGUAUUAUCAAUGCUGCAUUCUGGUUGGCUAAGCUACUACUAGGCUAUAUGUUAUAGCCCACUAGUAGCGAAAAGCACCCGCUUUGAAAACCAAAACAUGGCCGCUGAAUCGCGUUUUGCUAGCUAAAGUUGUUUUGUCUCGAUAUUUUUGACCUACUAGUUGGAUUUUGCUAAAACAAACAUUCCUCUCGCCCUCAUGGCCUCUGAGUCAUAGCCCAUUUGGCCUUCUCAGUUCUGCCUCUUGGCUUAUUGACUCAGAGCCCAUUUGGGCUCGAGGAAUAAUUGUUAAAUAUCCGUGGUAACAGAUAUGAUGUAUAAAUCUUGUAGAUAAAGAAAAUAUUUUUCUAGACUCUGAUUCUGCUGCUCUUUUUUGUGGUUGACUCGCUGGUAACGUUAAGCAUUUUUUUCUCUCAACUCUCCACUUUAUUCUGUCUCUAAAAUAAAACCUCUCGCCUCUGCUGCUCGCAUAUUAUCUGCUUUCAGGUGGUUCCCUGUUUCAGAGUCUUAAUUAAUAUCAUCUUUUUUAUACCCUUUCACUGUUGCCAGAGAAAAAUGAAAAUUUAUUUAUUCAUUUUCAGGGAGGGAGACUCCAGUUUAACGACUGAACAUUAAUGCAGGACAUCUAAGAGACUGUUAAACAUGAUUCCGGAAUAACCUUCUCUCAGGAAUGAGUUUCGUUCCAGAAUGAAUUUCGUGUUGUAUUCACAAGACAAAAUUCACUGGCGCAGCCUAAGUUGUUCUGGCUCGCGUAGAUUUCUUAGUUUUCGGGCCAAAUUAGAUGCGCACGCGCCACUCGCCUCGGACUACACGGUUUAACGCGGUUUGCGAUUUUCAAUUCAGAACGAAGUUCGUUUUCAGUUUUCGUACCAGAACGAAAAUUUUACUCGAAUUGAAAACCGGAAUGACUUGUACGGGAACGAAGAGUCGUUUCUGUAUCAUGUAAACAAAUACAGAGAGAUAUAUCGAGAUGGAAUGAACUCGUCCUGGUUGAAAGUCAUUCGGGUGUGAUAUAAAUGAUCCCUUAGGCAUAAAAGUGGUGUAAUAGUCUUUUUAAUUCUUUAGCCUCCAGCUGGGCCUAAUUCACAAUUAGCUGAAGCAUGCCAAGUAGUCAAUGUCUUGGACCCUAAAGUGAAGUAAGUUAAAGGGGUUACGUCACGGCCAGUCUCCUUCGUAGCCGUUUUUUGGCUCGUGAGGAGCGUUGCGUGACAAGCCUAAAAACGGUUGCGAAGGAGACGUCACGGCUGGCUAGCUGAUUUUGUGGGCAGCAAGUUGUCUAUAACUUGGCGUGAGUUUAUUUAGCCGACCGUGAGGCACGAUAUUUUUGCGGGAGUUUACUUUUGCGGAUUGGUGAUUGUUUGUGUUUUGCGGGAAUUAAUUUUUGCGAUUAGGACAGAUUGGUUUUUCUUGCUGGGAAUUAAUUUUUGUGAUUUUCAGAAAGUACCCAGUACCCAGCAUUGAUAAUAUUUUCUCUUUUAUAUCAUUCCAUUCUACCCAUGCUGCACUUCAACUGAAACCGCCCCAGUCCGCAUUGCUCCCGUGCCGCAGAAACAUUUUAUUUCCGGCUAAUUCGUAUCCACUCAAACGCCGGAAAUUGCAUAUCUCUUGAUCUAACCAGCCAUUAUUUUCACUUCGAAAUGUUUUUGGACCUCUUCAAAUGACAUUUUUGAAUGGAAAAUGCCAAAAUUUUUCAUUUGCAAAGUCUCUUUAAUAUUCUAUUGAGUCUUAAAAUUAUUUUUUUUCUCUCUGGUUCAGAAAUGAGUUGCUCACUUGGUUUGUCAAACUUCAGCUGGCAGAAUAUCAACAGUUGUUCAAUGAAACAUUUGAAGUAAGUUUGAAUGCCGGGGCGGAACUGUGUUUUAUCAAACAACCAAGGUUCAAGACAAUUGAUUGGUCCUUGCAGUAAACUGAAGUCAGAGAAAAUCAUUUAACUUGUUCUUUUCAAUGGGAAGUGGUUUAACGGGUUCAUCUGAAGAUAUCAUUGUGAUUAUCACCAAUUCUAACUUUUUUAUUUCUUGCACAACGAUUUAGUGAAUCUCUUUGCCUUUUACGAUUGCCUUUUUGGGGUCAGGGGUUUGCAAUUGUUUAGAUCUUACAACGGAGCAGCCAUAUGUAUAUUUCAUGACUGUUUAAAAUGGCGAGGAAUGGAAAAGUUUCGCACUUUCACUCUCAAAACGAGGCGAGCCUCGCUUUGAAACAGACGCUUGGGGCAACUUUGAUACUGAAGCGGUGUUUCCAUGCUUUAGGAAAAAUUCUUGAAUUGAGACCAUGCCUUGGGGUAAUUUAUUUUAAGAGUAAAAGGUCUAGUUUUUACCAUGUUCUACAGCAAACACUGUUUCACUUCUUCUAAAAUGUUUUCCUCUUUCGUUGCUUAGGUUGCGUGGCUUGACAAAAUUGACCGUCGGUAUUCCUGGUUAAAGAGAGCUUUGGUCAAAUUUGAUGAAGAUUUUCAAGGGACCUUUCCAGCGGAGUGGCAUGUGGAGGAGAGAAUCAGUGAAGAAUUUUGUAAAGUUACCAAGUAUGACGCCGAACUUUGCCUUUCCAUGUUUGUCUUUUGUUUUCGUUUUCGUUUUCGUAAAGACAAGGGUACUUAGCAUUUACAUGGGAAAACAAGAAAUUGAGGAUGGAAAAUCAAAUGGUUCGCGCCCAGCCUAGUCCCAGGCGUUCUCGGCUCGGUCAAUCCUGAACUCUACCGUGAGUUGUGACGUCACCGAGAGAUACUCGCCGGGAACGCUCUCGCCCGCUCUUUCCCAGACUUCUCGUGGACAACGGGGCAAAAGAAAACGCCUAGGAACUAGGCUGGUUCGCGCCAUUCUGUUUGGGAAGCUUCAGGAAAUAUGGGCUAUGAUUCAAGGCGAUGCAAUUUUCUACUCUUUUUAGUCUGUUCCGCUGAUUUGGAUAUACUUUGUAGCGGGUCCAUCAUGUCCAAUUUUAUAGUUUUAUUUUUAUGCACAAGAUUUUCACCCGGGUAGGUGUGUAAAUGGUAAGCACCCCAUGUUCACACUGUAUACAGCUAUUUCGAGAAAGGUUGUCGGAAAACAUGUGCACGCGACAAUCCCGAAAGGUAAUAUGGGAUAUGAUCAAUACACUGUUCCUGACACUGUAGCUGUCGAACCUACUUUUGUUGCUUUCCUUUAGCACUCGCAGACAUAUGUCGACGGCCUCUCCUGCCAUUCUUUCAAAUUUCUUUGAAAAACAGUCAGCUCAAAACCACCCACAAUACCUUUCGGGUUUGUCGCGUGCACUUUUUCCGACAACCUUUCUCGAAAUAGCUGUAUCGUAUAUAUUUUUGUGGCGGCACACAUAUCGAUCCGGCAUCGUGUGAACAGACACGCUUUGAAAAGGCAUGACGAAAGCCGUGCCGGUGGUUCACAUUUCUGCGGUAUGGGGUUCGUUCUGGGGCCAAAACCGCGAUGAUUAUGAGUAUCAUCCGUGCUACUGAUGUUUUUCGCUAGAAACAUGUCUUAAUGCGCGUAUAUCGGGAUUUUCAAUUUUGGAACAAUCCGAUUACAUAACAUCUUUCUUGAAGUCGAAUCGGUGAAAGUGUACCACUUUCAAGAGAGAGAGCGUUCCGUCGAAGCGGUGCCUUGGCACAAAAAUCGUGCCAAAGGUAACUUUUCAUGUUUGAACAAAAACCCUGUCCAAUUAUUUAUUCGGUAUGGUUUUUGAGACGGAGGGAAAACAAUCCGGUAUAUUGUGCACUGGUAUCAGUUGUAGAAGGGAACUAAUAUCUCCAGUUUCUUUUUUUAUUAUUAUUUGGUAGAAAAGAUUUAUCGAAAAUCAUGUCAGCCAGAUCUCAGGAAAUAGACGUGAAGUUGUUGCUAUUUGCCAUUCAGAGAACGACAACUUUUGAGAAUUUGCUGACGCAGAGGUUUGUUCAUCACAGCCAGCAGGUAAGACAAAUGAAGAAUAAAAAUAAAACACAAUAAAAGAAAUGGGCAUUUUUAUCAUUUUUACAGAAUGUUUUUUUAAUGAAAAAAAAGAAAAUCGACCGUGAAGAACAAACAAUGGGAAUCACAACCUUAAAGAAGGUUUUAUCUUAAUUUAAUACCUUGAAGUUUUUGCAAGCUGCCUAAGCUUUGAAUUUGCUAGUUUGAGGCUGGGUCGGUGUUGCGUCGAAUUGCAAUGAUCAUUGGGAACAAUUUUUGACCCUAAACUCUCAAGAGCCAACCGCGUUCCCAAAACAGUCCUAUAUAGUGCAAUUUCAUAGGGCAGUGACCCAGUCUACUGCGCAAUCUCAAAUAAAUGAGUAACAUCAAAUGCUCUACACCGUGUUUCAUCCGUUACGCAAACACCUCGAGGUCAGGUGAAACACGCCUAAUCACGUAAACACAAAAAUGGAGUACCAUUGCGUAUUUAGAGGCACACAACACAACAGUCGCUCAACAAAAACGAAAUGUCUGUAUUUAAAACUGAUUAAGCACACAUUGGAGGCUCUCCCAAUGGACACCCUCGUAAGCGUACAGCUGUAUUUAAGGCCGCCUUCACAAAACCUCGUUUUUCUUACCUCCCAUACAGACUCUGUAUUUUUACAUUCCCGUAAGCGGCCGUCUCCAGUUACGGGCACCUUUUUCCCGUCUCGAGGGUAUUCGCUUACGAGAGCUUCCGCUCUUCUUGUGAUUUAUUAUUUAGAAUGAAGAGGAUACGAAAGAUAAGGCUGGCAAGGUUUGUUUUGUGAAACAUACUUUAGUCUACUUGUGAACACUUUUUUCUUUCUUUCUACUAGUGGACCCAAGUGUAUCUUGAAACCUGUCAGUGCUGGAUCUUUGAUUGUGUGUUUGUGUUUUUGUAGCCUAAACAGUCCAAGUUCCUAGGAAUCAUAUCAAGAUGUUUUGAGCCACAUCUUCAUAUUUACAUUGAAUCGCAAGACAAGUAAGAAAGAAAUAUAUAUCCAUCUACUAAUCAUCUACUCCGCGCAAAAAUUUUCUUGAGUGCAAAAUAGCUGGCGAAACGUGUCCUUUAGUUCUGGGUAGUUGGGCACGUGAUCUUUCGUUUUCUAUGUUGAAAAAUUCUCAACUUGAAUCUGACGUUUGCCGUUUGCCGUAAACGGCACUCUCAUCCUCUCUAAUGUCGAAAUAUUUUACACGCAAGAAGAUGGUUUCUCUGAGUUAUGCAAAGUAGAGUAUGUAGUUCACCUUGCAGUAUUAAAGAAUCUCGAAGAUAUUAUUUCUGAUUAUCCCAUGAGAAACAAAGGUUUUUUUUUCGGAACCCGGUCGUUGCCGCCGGGAUUCGAACCCCGGCGACAUUGGUGAGAGGCGAUGGCCACCCUUGCUCCCCAAACAUAUACAUAACAAUGACCAACAGCUUAGGUGGUUAGAUUCUUUCUCAGGAGAUUUAACAUAGCCAUGUCGUCAGUAUGACUCCUAGGUGCAACAAUUCUUCAGUUUGGCUCAGUCAUAAUAACAUGCUGAGAAAGCCGACGCUUCGACUAUGCAACCUUUGGGUCCCAGCUCUAAAGAUCCUUGACGGCCUUCUUUUGUUCACAAGGCUCACAAGGCAGCUUUUGCCGAAACGAAAUCUUACGGUGAACAACCCUAUUCCAGGCGUUUAGAUAGUGGAUGCGGCCAGGAGAAGGCUAACGUUGGACCAACUCCUGAUCAAACUGGUACCCAAGUCUACAUUACUAACCUAUGCUAAUUUUUGCAUAACAGAAACCUCUCUGAGUUGAUGGACAGAUUUGUCCAAGAUUUCAAGUCCUUUGUAAUUCCUAUGGUAGAAGGAGAUGGUAGCAAUGUAGUAUUUCCUAGCGCUGGUGAACUCUUCGUGUUUUAUAAGAAAUGCAUGGUGCAGUGCUCACAACUCUCCACUGGGCCCCCUCUGCUGUCUCUAACCGCUACAUUUCAGAAGUUUCUUAAGGAGUAUGCCACUAGAGUGCUCAAUAAUCACCUACCUGUCAAGUGAGUAGAAAUUCCAGUUUAUAAAAUCAUUUAUAAUAAUUUAUAAAAGAAAAAAACACGAAGGAUAUGGCUUGAUUGACUUGGAUUUUAAAGUUUAAAGUUUUAAAGACAUUCAUAACUAUAACACGCGGAUUAAAAAUAACAUUUGUAGGCCGCAGUCACGUCGCUCCAGGGGACAAAACCGUUUUAUCUACCAAGCAGCCAGUGACUGGAACAUUUUAUCUUAGGAAGUUAAGAACAUUUCUGACAUUUUAUGUAUUUUGUAAUUUUUAUUUUUUAAUUUCUUAAAUAAUUAAUUUUUUAAAGUUGUAAAAUUUCUAUCUUCAAAUAUUUAAUGGGCAUUUUUGUAUCUGUAAUUUUAUUUAAUGCAGGGCGGUUACAACAGUACGAACAUAAACAAGCAUCUUUCGCCCGCCCAACAUACGCCUGCACUGCAGGCUACUCCAAGUCGGUCUUAAGAACUCGACUACGCUUUCCUUUUCAACGCAUUUCUCGGUGUUACUCGGAAAUCAGAUCAAAACACAGCGUCUCGUGUUUCAAAAAUGACGUCGAAGAUUAGUCUUCACAUAAUACAUAUAUUCCCCUAUUCCUUAUCGUACUACUAAUAGACAACGCCGGAAUCAGUCCCUGUUCUUACAAGUGCAGCAAAUAGCAAGGUCAUUUGAAGGAGACCUUUUUUCAGUGGUGGAAAGUGGAUUGUUUUAUAAGGGUACAAAAAAUACCUCAGUGUCUAAUAUGUAGACAAUUUAAAACCAUACAAGGUUAUUGCAUGCUUAGAUAACUUCAUCAAUCGGGUCUUUUCAUGUUUAGGAGUACUGGAGGUCUUGCCAGCAUUUUGAAGGAUUCUGGCGAAGUUAAAUUCAGCAAAGAAGAACAAAGCCUGACCUGCUGUAUUCUGUGUACAGCGGACUACUGUCUGGAGACCACUCAACAGGUGAGAGGUCUGGUGCCAAAAUAUGUCGCCCUCUUGCAUUACCCUAGCCUCCCACGCGGAAUCGUAUUUUCUCCUUGGAGACGGAGGGAAUACGACUCUCCUAAACACUUCUGCGUGGGAUGCUAGCAUUGCCCAUAAUGCACCUUGUUCACCCCGGUAUUAUCUUCUAUUUCUCUUGAGUUGACUGUAAUACCCAGGGGAAAUUGGAAACAAUGGUUAUACAAAAUUGGGAGGGGAGGGCAGGGGAGGGCAGAGAAAGUGUUUUAUGGGCAGUGCGAAAGUGCCAAGUAUUGAGGAUAUCGUUAUCUGGGGUGCUUACCAUUUGACAGAAAAAUGCGGUUGGGAUGUCGAAAGCAUAAUGGUAAGCGAUUUACGAGUUUACCGUAGAAAUGCCACAUCCGUUACGGUUUGAAUCCAAAAAAAGGGCGAAUUUGUGUAGCGUGAGUCUGGAACUGGGAAGGAACCGAGAAAUUGGUUAAUGGUAAGCAACAUUCCGUUUGGUUCGUACCAACGGGAAUGAAAGGACUGCCUCAAAACGUACUCCUCAAUUUUUGGUUGGAUUUCCGAAAAGUGACCGUACCAUUUACCUUCCAUCCGGAAUCUCCGAAAUCUUCUGUCAAAUGGUAAGCACCCCUGUUGUUAUUUAGCUUUAAAAGUGCCUCUUUAUGAUUGUUUUAAUACCUGUGCUUUUGUAGUUAGAGGAAAAGUUAAAAGAGAAAGUUGAUCCUGAAUUGGCAGAAAAAAUUGACCUCAACGGAGAACAAGAUGUAUUUCACAGGUAAAGCAAAUAGCGUUAUCCUUGCAUACUAUCUUUCACCUCCGAUUUCACCUCUUUCCCCUUACGUUUUGGUCACUUAGCUAACUCGCCGUCUUUGUAACCUAUGUUUAAAAAAACUAUGUUUUAAGACACGUUUCGCUACUGACCUAUUCAAGUUUCUUUUUUAUAGUGUUAUAUCAAAUUGUAUUCAGUUACUUGUCCAGGACUUGGAGAAUGCUUGUGAUGCACCGCUUACAGCGUUAAUCAAGGUACGACAUUUUUCACGAAUCUAAUGCCCCGACUUCCACCACAGGCAGCCGGAGUUCGUUGGAAUUUGAAUUUUAGUAGAAAAUGUUUGUAAAUAAACAGAAUGCGUUUUAAACUCCGCUUUUUGAAAAGACUCGAAGUAAAAUUGGCUCACCUAGUGUGUCUUUUACUAUCUAAAACUCGCCAAAACAGAACAGACGGUAAAAAGCGGAAUUGAGAAAGUUUUUUUUUCAUUAUUCUAACACAGUCAUCCUUUUAUUAAAUUCAAAUUCCAACGAACUCCCAUAGAGUCUGGGUUACAAGUGUGUUUCCAUACGUAUCUACCCCCCCCCCCCCCCCCCUCUCAGGCGAUGAUGAAAAUCAAAUCCACAUGUCUUACAUCCGACCAAAUUUUGGAUUUUUGCCCCAAUUAAAGGAACUGUGACGUCACGGCUGUCCAGUUCAUUUUGUUAAUUAUGCCAAUUACAGGUCGUUAUUUGUAAUGGAAUGUGAGAAAUUACUUGUGAAUAACGAAAUCAGAGCUUCUUGUCAAGCAAAUUUGUCUCCCAAACAUUAUAUCAAACGUUACAGGGAACAAAAAUGAACUUGGAAAAACUGUUAGGCUAACAAGUUUUCAAAAAGCACAAUUGCAAUCUGUUUUAAUCUGGCUUCAAGUUUGUCCUUCCGUUCCUCCCUUUGUAUUUGCUGUCAUUUAUUCCUUCUUUCAGUGUUUUUAGUGGUUAUUUUUAUGUUUCACUCCAUUUGGUGACAGUUCCCACUGUUUGAAUUUUGAUAAAUUUCUUAACACACCUGCUUUCAAGAGUAGUAAACUGUCGGCUCGCUAAUGCUCGCCAGCAGCAAUUAUGGAACUUCCAUGUCCAUUAUUUUCCUUUCAGGUGAACUGGCAGAGCGUCGAAGCUGUGGGAGACGAAAGUUCCUACGUAACCGCCAUUACCAAUCACAUUAAGGAAGCUGUUCCUCUUGUUCGAGACUACCUGUCCUCAGCCAGGAAAUAUUUCACUCAGUUCUGUGUCAAAUUUGUGAAGUAAGGCUAAGCUUCAAAGUGUAUUUGUUAUAUAACGUGUGAACUUUUCCGCCAUUUUCUCCAGCCCUAGCAAAACAGCUGAGCCACCGCGCCUUCUGCCGUCCCCAGGAGCCUCCUCAGUGCCGUCCCUUAUUCUGUCGAUAUCUGUGCAAUUGAAGUCAACUGUAUUGGUAUUAGGGAGUGACGACGACGGCGACGGCAACGAGAACGGCAAAAAAGCAAUAGGCUUAGAUUGGCAAAACAACUUUGCACGUGCAUCACGUUUUAUUGUACAUUUCUUUGCCGUCACUUCACGACUACGACGUGAAAAUGCUUAAUUUCACGUUUUGUGGAGAAUGUGAAUGCAAGACAACGACUUUCUUUUUUUUUUUUUUUCUGAACUUCGAUACCGCAGUCUUUUAGAAUUCAACUCCAGAAAAAAUUGCCAACAUUUGACGAAUUGAACGAGAUGGAAUAAGCGCGAUAAAGUUUGAAGCAGUGGCGUGACUUAACAUUUCAAGUGACGUUUUCGUGGCCGUCGCCGUCGAUGUUGCUUAAGCUCCCUAGUAAAAUUUAGUCAACGAUAGCUUGUUAGGAAGAAUAAACGGGGGGAUUUAAGCCAAUCAGAAACGAAGAAAUAUUAGAAAUGUGAAUUCCAAGGAAACUGUUUAAGAAGAGGGGCGCUCUCUGUUACUACCCCUCGUCUACCUGGGCAGUUUGCUUUAAACAGCAAACCGUUGCGUCCAACGUAAUUGCUUGGAAUAAAGUGAACAGAGAGAAAGGUAGUGAAUAUAGUAUACCGUUAUUAACUAAUUGUCGGUGUCCACGUAUCUUACAGCACUGUGUUCCUUUUUUCCAUGUUCUCGUUGUAAUCUUAUUUUGUUUCCUUUUUUUUAAAUUUCAGUUCUUUUAUUCCACGCUUUAUCAGUAACUUAUACAAGUGUAAACCAAUCAGCACAGUCGGAGCGGAACAGGUAUCUUGUUGCACCCUCCAGACUGGGUUCUUGUUUCUUGAAACUACGUUAUAGAAUUGUUUUGGCGGACGGAUUUUGAGUUAGUUUUGCACCCAACCCUAAAGAAGCAAAAAAUGGGGAAGCGAUAGCUUUCCCCAGCUUAGUCCCCUGGUGCGAAUUUGAGGCAACAUCGGCCCAGUCCAACGGGAAUUCCAAAAUGCCAAUUAUGUCAACGUGACUGUUUCAUUUCGGAAAGAAAUGUUACCAUUCCUCGAGUUGUUACAGAAGGAGGAUAUGUUAGUGGACUUUAGUUGCGGGUAGCUUCAACUGACGUUAAGUUUUUUUUUGUAACUCCGACCUUCUUUGCAGAUCUUAGUAUAGGUAACAGCAUAAUUUGUAGUGAUAUUUGGCAUAAAUACCACGAGUGAUAUUUCGAAAUUGUUAUACGUAAUUUCACGAGCCGUUAGGCGAGUGAAAUUUGAGACAAUUUUGAAAUAUCACGACUGGCAUUUAUGCCAAAUAUCACCUACAAAUCAUGCCAUUAUUUGUUUAUACUACUACCCGCAAAAGGCUUAUAAUUUUCACAUGUAGGUAUUUCAAAUUAAGCUGAAAUACCACUGCUCUAAGCCAAUCAAAUUGCAGUAAUUUUUCAUGUAGUAGUAUAAGGGAAAACCGCAACCUCCAAAUUAUACUUUUAGCAGUCGCCGCGUAGAAGCACUUUGCUUGGCUAGUCAGAUGUGAAAGCUUUUUGUCCACUGAUGUUUUUCCUCUUAAUAUCCUCUUUAGUUGUUACUCGACACCCAUUCACUCAAGACCAUUCUACUGGAUCUUCCCUCGAUUGGAUCCAAGGUUCAGAGGAAGCCUCCAGCAAGGUAAACACGUACUGAUUGCGUGACGGUUUAAUUUAUUGAAUCCCAUAUUAAUUGAUUGCCCUCCUUUGGUUUUGACUUGUCUCCUCUUCUAGCGUAAAUAAGGAAUCAAACUAUUUUGUUUACUUUUUAAACCCUUAAGCCAAAUUUUUCCUGCUUGCCAUUAUUGCCAUUGCUUGGUUUACUCUAAAAGCAGAGGUUUCUUGGUCGCUCUAUAUUCCUGUCCGGACGAGCUAGAAAACCUCUGUUGAGCGUGCGCAAGAUUCAAGACCACAUGUUGCGGCUUUGAUUCGUCAAUCGCCCUCCUAGUACUUGCUUAAAACCAUUUAACCAGUCACAUCCUUAUCACUUGGUUUAAGUACUUGCGCAUGCUCAGCAGGUGUGGAAAUCGUUCCGUGGAUAGCUUACUCGUACGCCUAAAUGUCAGGGGAACCAAUACACCUCUGCCUGCUGUGGAUGCUUGGAGUGAAAACAUAUUUCUUUUUUGUUUUAGUUACACAAAAGUUGUCGCAAAAGGAAUGAGAAAGGCGGAAAUGAUCUUAAAGGUAAAAACAUUUCCUGGGAUUGUCGGUUGAAAGGAGUUGAAUAUGGUACAAUAUUUUUAGGAAAUCACUUAGUCCCCCGGGAAUAUCAAACCUGAUAGGAUAUCUAUUUAAUUUUCAGAUAAAUGCCUACCUUAAGUUAUUGAUUGGCUUGUUUUGAAUUUCAAAUGGUUUUAGUCCCGGGGGGGGAGGGGGUACUACCAUAUAUGGGCUAUAUAGGUAUGUGCCGCUGUAAAGAGUAUGGUUUUCAGGCAGUUUACUCUAGGAUAGGGUAUAUAAAUCAGAGCGUUUGGGUCUAGAAUAGGGUAUCAUUUUUCAGGAAACUGAUCAGUUGGUUGAAGAUUUUAUCUAGACUAGGUAAACAGCUACUCUAGGAUAGGGGGAUUUGGAGAGUUUACUCUAGUAUAGGGUAGCAAAAUUCAGCUGAACUAGCUCUGGUAUGGGUUAAGGGUUCCAGGGUCCCAGCGGCACAUCCCCACCCAGAAAUUCCUAAAAAAAAACCCCGGGGUUUUAGUAGCAGUGGUGAGAUUUUCUUUUCAUUGCCAGGUUGUUAUGUCACCUCAUGAUCCUGCCGUGGGUUUCGUAGACAAUUACAUCAAGUUACUCGCAGAUACGGACACUUCAAACUUUCAGAAGCUACUAGACAUGAAGGUAAGAUCAGUCUGAAACAUUCUGCGAAAGUAGCGCCCUUUCAUCGCUUACCGUCAACAGGGACGACAGCGCAAAACGUUUCUGCCCUCAUCGACAGAUUCACUUACAAGCAAACUACAUCACAGGAAAAAUUGAAAUAUGAGAGUCUGCCUUGUUGCAUAACCUUCGAAAUAAAAUGAUUUGUUUGUGGGAAAAAAUGAUUGUUUCUGUGACCUAACGUAUUAUAUGACGAAGUUUAAAUUUUAAAACACCUUUUUUCGUGUGGUCCCGAGCCUUUUCUUUUGGGUUUGCUUUCUCUUAGGCCAUCCCUCAAAAUAUGGUGAGCGUCAUUUAUUGUUUUAUUCUGCUUUGCCAGGGCUUAAAACGUAACGAGCAACACAGCAUGCUGGAGCUCUUUCGCUCGCGUCACCCCUCCUCUCCGUCAGGCAACGCUCCUGGAGAGUCCGGCACCGUUCAGUCCCAUGCCACGACCGAGCAGGAAUCGAGCAGAAUAAAGAAGCUUGAGAGGCUUAUUAAAAAACCGUUUUAAUGUUAUUUUUAUCGAUCUGAAUGGUUGGUAGUGCUUAUCAACGAGAUACACUAGUUUCCAGUAGACAGAUUGGUGAAGAUCAAAGGCCUCAGCAAUAUUUCUGGCCCAGUAAACUGUUUACGCCCCUCUGUUUUCUCGAAUUUUUAUUUGAUGAAGGUGUGAAAUGAUGCCAGUGUUCCAAAUUAAAUAUAAACAUGUAAACAGACUCCUAGAGGGGUGUGGUGAGGGAGACAGGGGCUCU